AUGAAACCGCCACGUUCGGACGAAGUGCUCCGACGAGCGCCGAGAGGCCGGGACAACCCGACCGUGUUCGCGUCUGAGGAGUACCCCGACAGGGUCGUGGAGUCCGAGAGUCAAGACUCCUUCGCUGCGGACAUCUCAGACCUCUCCAUGGACGAGUCCAGCAGGGGGAACGGAGAGGCGUGGUGGGAAAAACCGAGCGACGAAAGUGACGACGCCAGCUGGGUACAGAAGUUAUCCAACGCACCCCCUCUGAUGAGACAACCGAUAAAGUUAGCCGUCAAGUCCACGGAACCAAGAAAUGCCAGCGCCGCUCGCCGUUCAGAGGUACGAGGUGGACAAAACGCCCGCGAAAUGGCAUAUAGGUUUCCAGAACGUUCAGAGGAUAAACAUAAACAAGAGCGUAGAAGGAGCGAGGAGAACGCUGCGCCAAAAACAUCGGAUCUGAACGCUGAAAAUCCCGAGGUGUCAUCAUACCGUCUCAGUGGAGAAGAACAGGAUUCUGAGGACGGCGCGUGCAGUUAUACAGAGGGCGCUGUUGCACGGUUGUCUAGUUUUUACGAACGCCUCAGCAAUGUGCCGCCUCUGAUGGACAAAACACUCAUGACAUUAUCACAAAAAGCGGAUGCUCCCGCCUCGAACGCCGGUACCAGUGGCUCUCCACCCGGGGAUGCAGAAGCUACCCUUCCCGACGCAACUGACGAGCAGUGGCGAUGGGUCCAGGCGACAGUCCUGGAGCCGGACGGCCCACUGCACGAGCCCAUGGUCUCCUGCUUGGCACACGUUGUCAGCACCGAGAGCCUGUCACUGGACACCCGGCAGGAUGGCACAGUGACCCCGCGAGACGUCUUCCUCACUUCGAUGAAAGAUCUCCGAGACAUGGUGGCAGGCCUCCUCGACCGCCUCCUAAAUUAUCUUCGGGACAGAGUGACUCUGCACUGCAAGGCCGAGGCUCCAUCAGAAGUAGAAAAGAAGCUCUCGCUCGACGUGGUAUGUUUUCUGAACGCCAUGUCUUCCCUCGACUUGGCGUUGUCAGGUGAGGAUGGCAACGAUUCUUACAGAGAACAGCCACUGUACAUUCCAGAACAACCUGAGACCAAAGCGAGAACCGAUAUGAACAUUCUGGAACGCAUGAUGACAAAACUACACCCUAAAACUGUUCAGGAACAAUACGCGGAAACAUGUGCCCAACGAAAUGAUUCUGGUCAUCACAAGAAGAGAUCUCUUCUAUCAGAGUACGCGGUUUGGUUAAAGGCGAAGGAAAAGGCGUCGCAUAACAGAGAUAUUAGUCAAAAAACGCAUGGUAGACAGGCACACAAAUUUCCCUCCCUGUCCUACAUCAUUGAUAAAAUCAGAGGAAGAGCAAAAGAAGCCGACGAUGUCGAGAUGGGAACGGUGGAUCCACAGUCAGAGGGGGAGGAGGAGAAACUGGAGACGGAGACCGAGAAGAUGAUGAGAAGAGCCUUGGAGGAGGAAAGACGUCUGACUGGCCUCUUGAGGAAGUUGAUGGCUGAGAUGAAGGAAGACGUCCGAGUCGAUCCACUGAGAACGUCUUCAGAUCUGUCCACCUGGUCUACUUCAUCAGUGAUUUCAUUGAACAGUCAGAUAAGCACUCUAGCGGCCAAGAUGGUGGAGGAGGUUUGUGUUGCCCUGGCCCACUGCCACAGUAGCGGGAGCGCCUCCAGAGGGAGCGUUACCAGCGAGCCUACUGCGGACAGAAAAGCGUUCACCGAAGUCGUCAUGAAUAUGGUGGUCACCCUGGCAAAGAAAAGGGCUCAAGCUGAGAGAGAGUCAUGGCAGGAAUCCAGCAAGUCCCCAGAGGAAGACAGUGCUACCGCAUCCCCGGAUCUCAGUACCGAUGACGUUGCGGACCUCGCCGUGGGGAUGAUGUACGGAGACGCCGGAUCUGACGUCGACGUCGACUCGCUGAUAGGAGAUCUGCGAUCACUGAGAGACUCUCUACUGGCCGACGGUGUCGACAGCACCGUGAUCGACGGAGAGCCGACAGCGGCGAGGGCAUCUGGAGUCCGGAAAACAGAAGUUUGAGGACGUUUAUCUCUUCUGAAGGACGUAGCAAUGCUGGCAUUAUUUUUGUACAAACAAUUUAUAAUCAUGUGGAGAAAGUACCAAGGUAUGGGUUCGACUCAAUCAUGAAAUCGCAACAUUGACUAUGAUUACUAUACUCAAGAAUUGAUGUCUUAGCCUGUGUAGUCUAAUUUAGCUCGGUAUUUCCAUCAAGUCACAGUAUAAGAUAAACCAUGAUGGUACCAUCUUUUGUUGGCAAUCUUUUGUAGCAAGUACAUGUGCUCAAUCUAUCAUAAAUACCUGUGGGUAGACACAACAAUUCUAGGGUGUUUCAGGUUGACAUUGUUUCUAAUAAUGGUGCUUGGUAAAUUUGUUCUGACAUAUUUGUCGUGUAAGUACAUAAAUAACCUCUGUUGAAUGGUUCACGAAUUGAAAGUAAAACAAGUGACACU